AAAAUAUAAUAAUAUUUAAAACAUUGGUAUUAGAAAUAUAUAUACAAAUGUAUUGUGAUAAAUUUAUUUUGAUAAGUUUGUUUUGUUGAAGAAAGUUUCGUUCUUUUCAAAGUUCAAAUUUUAGAUUUCGUUUUGUAACUUUCGGAAAAAAUUCAAGGUUGAACUGAAAUAUCUUACAAAAGUACGGAUAAUUUGGACAGGCGGUAGUGUCCCACCAUGGGUAAUACUUUGAGAUAUGUAGCAAGACCAUUUCGAAAUUGGAACAUCGAGAAUAGAGCGAUCAAACAAGUAGAAAAAACUGAAAAGGGCACGACUAAAAAACCUGCUCCAAAGCAUCAGACAACUGAAGCAUUGUUGAAAAAUUUACAAUCAAGUAGCCCUGAAUUUCUUGAAGAACAGAUGAGACAAGAUAGUGAUCUAUUAGAAAGACUUAAGCAGGUCAAAGUAGAGUCUACUGGGGAAAAUCCAGAGCUGAAGGCCAAACCGCGUCCCUUGCCAGAGAAUAGAACAUUUGUCGAUGACCCAGAAUUUGGUUACCUCGAGCCAGCAAUUGUCCCUAAAGGAAAGACAACGAUUCAGAAAGCCCUAGUCUUUAUAUCUCAACAUCAGGAAGAUCCAGAGACUCACACUGCUAGCAAAAUUGCAGAAGAACAACAAUUGGACAUUGCAGAAGUUGAACGAGUCUUAAAGUAUUUUCAGACUUAUCAUUUGUUUACUCCACCAGCAAAGGGAGAGCCACCACAGACCAUUUUGGACAAAAUAAAGCGUAAAGGUAUUAGUGCAGGAAUUAAAAAUCCAGCACCAAGUUCAUAAUGAUGGCUUUUCAAGGCUGUAGGAAGCACGGAAUGAAAACAGACAAUAUGUCAAAUAGGCAAAACUUCAAAAGGGCAAAAUGUCAAACGGACAAAACCUAAAAUUGGCAGAAUGACAUAGAGGCAAAAACUUCAUAUAGGAUUAACCUCAAAUGAACAUAACCUCAGAGAUGCAAAAAUGGAAAAUAUAACAUGAUGCUGAAGAAUGAACAUUAGAUGUUCAAGUAACUACAGUGUGUAUAGAACUGAUUUCUUACAUGAUAAAUUAUAAUAUUCUGUGUAUUAGGAGUGCAAUUUUGGAGGAUGCC